ACAGCUUCCUGCGAACACACGGUUCCUGGGCGAACAUGGUGGCAACUUGACAACGGCGUCGAUAUGAGGACGGUGAGGGCUUGAAGACGAGAGGAGGUCCGUCACAGGCUGCGGGCCCACCCGCCGACACCACAGGAGAACCGCUUCGCCAUGUUGGAGGAGGGCAGCGCACGACAGAGGCCGGGGGAAACGUAAAGGCGUCGGGGAGUGUUUGUGAAAACGACGCGCAGAGGAGGACAGCGGCUUCACCGGUCAGCCAUGGAGGAUGCGGCCCGUGGUCGCCAGCGCCUGAUUCCCCAUCCGAGCCCCGCUGCUUUUCAUGGGAAUUACCGGUGAUCGCGAAGGCCAGCCGGGACAACCCACCGCCCGACACCCGAGGGGAGGCGAACGCGGAGCGGACCCCACGUCAAUGACUGUUGCGGCAGAGGAGCCCCCACGGUGGCCGGUUCCCAAAAUAUGACCAGGGGUGCUGGGACGUGUUGGCAGCAAGAAGAUGACGACGGCUUCCAAAUCUGGCUAGAGCCCCCCCGAGACAACCAAAAGCCAUUCACCGACUCAGAGAGGGCGCAGCGAUGGCGACUGUCCUUGGCAUCCCUGUUGUUCCUCACCAUCCUGCUCUCUGAUCACCUGUGGUUCUGCGCCGAGGCCAAACUGGCCCGCACCCGGGACAAGUUCUCCUCCUCCUCCUCCGUGCGCCUCUCCCCCCAGACCCACUCAGCACACCCCAGCCUCAGAGGAAACCCAGAUGCUAUUUUUAUAGGAAACUCCACCAAACAUUUGUGGCGCCUCGAAACUUGCCACCGGGAUAGUUUAUCUAAGAACUGCUUCGCUUUCGCGGACGCCGACCAUCUGUGCAGGGGCCUUUCCGACCAAGAGGGGACGCGGGCGGCUGUAAAUAUGAGCGAUUUGUACCUUUCCUUUUGUAACUCCUACUCGCUGCUGGACCUGUUCUACGGCUCGACGAGUCCGGACAACCUGAACUGCAGCCUCGACGUGCUCGGCGACGGCGACACGACCCGGUGCAGCCUGUGCGUGCAGGCGUACCAGCGCUACGACCAGCACGCCCAGGAGAAAUACGAGGACUUUGAGCUCCUGAGUCAGAAAUACGAGCCGGAGGCAUAUUCGGUGAGGACGUGCAUGGAGCAGUGCAAGACGGCCUAUAAGCCCUGGCUCUGUGCUCAGUACUUCCCCACCACCCAGCAGUCGUGUAAGAAGAAGGUGCCGUGCCGGCAGUACUGCCUGGAGGUCCAGCAGAGCUGUCCGUUCAUUCUGCCGGAUAACGACGACCUGAUCCACGGCGGCAGCCCCAGCUUCAUCUGCACAGGACUCUUGGGAGAUCAUCCAUCAGACAGCGACGCAGAGUGUUGCGACGUCCGAUGGGACUCCAAAAUGGACAGCCCUUCUGGCGGGACUUUAAAAAGGACUGCUUCUUCCUGUCAGCCCGAGGGGGCCUCGGUCACCUCCGCCGCCUCCCCGAGACUGUGCAGCGGGCGACUGAAGAUCUGCCUGCUGGCCCUCGUCCUCCUACACACUGUUAUCGUCAUUUCAGCCUCCCAUAAUUCCACAUUGGUGGGCAUGGCUGCCUUUUUCUCGCCAGAGGAGAGUGCUUCUAACGAGGAGUGAACCUUGGGGUCGUAUCAAGGUCGAAGCUUGUAAAGAGUGAUGUCGCUCGAGAGGAUUUUACGGCUUUUACAGUGUCAUGGCUGCCGGGGACACGUCUGGCGAGACGCGGUGGGAAAUGCCUCUACGAUCUGCCGCAGAUGAACCAUCAACCACAGGAAGUGGGAGGGUUUUAACUGGAGCUAAGGGUGCUGGGACUGGACAUAGACAAACCAAGACGUUUGAGAACCACCCUAAAGAACUGACCUCUUGCCACUUGAAACCUGCUCAUUGUUUCUAUUCCAUCCAAAUGUUUUCUAGCAUAUUGUCCCUCCUCUCCUUCCCUCGCUUCCUUCCCUUCCUUCCUUCCCUCUGUUUUCGGUCUGUGUGUGUGUGUGUGUGUGUGGCAUCUCAGAUCUUUUCUAGAACCCGACCGAUUCAUCAGCUGCAGAUAUCUGACAUAUCUACAUCAGCUUUUAUGUUUCUGCAACUAUUGAAACUUUUAUUUUACAGAAUAAACAAAGCAGAAUAUGUUUAUUUUCUUAAGUCAACUUCUACAUAUUUGGUCGUGUUUUCUUUUUCUUUAUAGUUAUUUAUUACAAAGUUUAUAGUUAAUUGGUAAAAUAUCAAGCCUCAGUUACAUUUCCUUUGCCGAUAUAUCGGUAUUUGAAAUCUUUUACUGCCUCAUAUUGGUAUCGGUCGGGCUCUAAUCAUCCCCCUUUACACUUUUACUGCUUUUUGGUGCCAGAAUGUUUUUACAUAUCAACUGUGUUUCACUUCCUUCUCCAUCUCCUGAACUACCUUGUGUGGGAUGUUGCUGGAGCUUCUGCCAGGACCAGCUCAUCUCUCCUCACGUGGGGGCUCUGAAAACAAAUAGAUCUUUGUGAUUCCUCUUCACUCCGAUGUCCAGCUUGGGUUUUGUCCCACGAGAUCCUUUUUUCAACCAAUGACGUGACAUGCCUCCAUGUUUUAGGACCUUAAGUGCUCUGAGACUGGUCCACUCUGUCUCCUCUGACUCGUCGGGCCGUGGAGCGAGUUUGGGAGAUGACGGUUCAGCUCGUGGUUACAGGGUGGUGUCGUCAGGCGGUGGAGCGGUGGUUAAGCGGUUUACCUCAGACAGCGGGGUCGGGUAUUUACAGUUGUCAUACAUGUGACUGCGAGGACAUGCAUGAAGUCAAAAUACCAGGGGCCUCAUUUAUCUGCCAGGAUCCAACAUGAAAUAGUUCAUUCAGGUUUUUAUUUCUAUCACUUUCAACCAUUUAUCUCUUAAUUGUUUAAAUAUGACUUUAAACCACAUGGUUUUUUCCUUCUAUUCCACAUAUUAAGACGACUUGGACGUUCAUAGGGAUUUCUGUGCCCACAGUAGUUCUUCUGGUGGCGUCUGUAUUCAAAGUGCCUUCAUGUGCACAUGUGAACAGAUGAGAUUUGUUAAAUCCUCCAUAUUCACAUUGAGAACUCGUCCUGUGCCUGGUUUGAUAAAUGAGGCCCGUGAAGCAGAUUGUGGCCGUGGAGCAAUAUCGAGCAGGAAACAGUCGGUGUGAGCGUUCGCUUCGUGGCCGCUUCGCUGCGGCCGUCUCGACUUUUCACUGUCGUAGUUGUGCAAGUGACCAAGAACCAAUCAGUCAAUCAAUCAACCUGUCGACUCUCGAUGUCCCUCACUGGCAAAGGGCUGUGUCAGCGCACGAGGAGUGGGAGGAGUUUUAAAGGGCUGAUCUAUCCCGUUCUGUUGUGUUUUUUUCCUGCAUGGCUGCUGCUGCUGCUGCUAAAGUGCACGUUGACAAUGAGGACAGGUCACGAGAGGAUGAGGAAGCGAGAGAUGGGACAGAAAACAAGAUUUAUCCCAAACUUAAGCUGCUUUCAGACGUGACCUCCGGAGGGCGUCCGCAGAAUCGGGUCAGGACUUUCUCCGGAGUUUGUCUUUCACACGAGAACAACGCAGCGGGAGAUUCUCCGCUCAGACGCAUUCAGGUGACGGGUGGAGCAGCAAGCGGAGGCCGGACGUAACGUAUUAAUUACGACACCAGCAUCGGGUCUUAUCACCAAAAACUCUCUUGACAUCUUCGUCACGUCUUCUGCGUCUUCUUCGCUUUUUCAUCCUGAGAUAUUUGUUUUUGCGUUAGAAACGUCGUCAACACGAGGAUCUCCUGCUGUGGCUCCUUGGUUUAUCUGCGGACUUUUUACAAUCAGACUUUUGCGUUGUCACACUCCGGAGAAUCUCCGGAGAAUCUCUGGAGAAUCUCUGGAGUUCAGUGCUCGUCUGAAAGCAGCUUUAGCGAUGAAGAGGCUUUUAGUCCUGGUUGCCUCUCGUGUUCCGUUACAGACAGACUGGAGUUUUAACUUCACCUGGUUAUUGACGUGGUAUUAGUGCCUCCUCCCUUCCCCAUUAACAGCUUGACUUUACCUCGCCUCACUUCCAGUAAUGACCAUUGAUUUACUCGUCACACACACACACAGCAUCAGUGCCGGAUUUUCUGGAUUUUCAGUUCAUCCCCUUUUUUUUAUCUUACGAGUUUGUGUUGUUUUGUUUGUUUUCCUCGACAAACUGGUGAGAGCUCCACCCCCAUGCAGACAGCAGCGGAUGUAACAGACCCACACUCUGCUCCAGCCCUUCCACCUCUAGCUGUUCACGAUCUGAGUCCUGUGGAUCUAUGCAGACGAACCCCACCCCACACUCACCUGCUCACUCCCCCACAAACCACCCACCCCCUCGUCCUUUCUGUUGUAAAUAUGUCCUGAGGAUGUGGGAUCCGCCCCCCACGCCCCCUCUCCCACGCCCCACCCACCACAGUUGGAAUCUCAGUGUUUUCUUUUCCCUCCUCGGUUUUUGUCUGAUUUCUUUGGAUAUUUUUGCCGCAUUUUUCUGUUGUCUAAAGCAGUGGUGUGAGUUGAUGAGUAGGACUAAGUUGGAUGUUAAAAAGAAGAGAAAAAGAGGUCUUACGAAAAAUAUACAAAAAAAAAAAAGCUUGAAUUGAGAAAAGGGUUCAAAUAUAGAGAAAAAAAUACGUCAUAUUGUCAUACUAGAGAUGCUUUAGUUUGCUAAUUUACUUUCUUUUUUUUCUACAAAAGACUUGGAUGAAAUUAUUUAUAAAAUGCGUCCCACAAGUCAUGAUCUUUUUUGGACGUUAAACAAAUACAUUUAUUAACAUUUUGUUCAAAAGAAAAAUAAAUAUAAAUUAUGUUAAACAUUA